AGGCAAAGAUGCCCAGGAAAAGGCCCCUAAAUGCAACGGCCACGCCGAGUGCCAAAAGGGAACGGAAAACAAUUGCCCUGGACAUAAAAUUAGAAGUGUGAAGACGACUUGAAGCGGGUGAAAAGCUCAGCCGAGUCGCAAAGGCCUUAGACCUUGCUGUCUCUGCAGCGGCAACAGUCCGAGAUGAUAAAGAAAACCUGGGAGGGCGUGCGCGGCGGCUGCGCGGUGACGCGCGUCGGGCGCAGCCCCGCCCACCACGGAGCGACCGCUGCGCGCGUGGCUGGAAGACCAGAGCCAGCGAAACAUGCCCCCAGUGUCACCACGGCUCAGGGGAAGGCUAAGAGUUUGUUUGAUGACUUACAGCGCGAACAAGGUGAAAGCUCUCAAAAAGAAAAGUUCAAUGCAAGUCAAGGGUGGUGUGUGAGAUGCAGGGAGCGCCGUCGUCUGCCGCACUUCAAGAGGAACACGGUUCCUGGCAGCAAGGACGCCUACCCAGAAGUGCUGAAAUGCAUCAUCGAAGAAGGUGAGUACACCCCCCAGCAAGUUUUCAAUGUAGAUGAGACAGGGCUUUAUUGGAAGAGAAUGCCUGAAGGAACGUUUAUUUCUGUGGAAGAAAAAGCUGAGCCAGGGUUUACAUUGUCCAAAGAUCGCUUGAUGCUGCUGCUUGGUGCCAACGCAGCUGGGGACUUUAAGUUGAAGCCCUUAUUGGUGUACCAUUCAGAAAACCCCAAGGCUCUGAAGGGGUACUCCAAGCCCAAUUUGCCUGUGAUUUGGCGCUCAAACAAAAAGGCCUGGGCAACCAGGAGCAUUUUUCACGAAUGGUUCACCUACUUUUUUUGCCCUGCCAUUGAAAAAUACUGUGCCCAAAAUAAUCUAACCAACAAAGCAUUGCUCAUCCUAGGCAGUGCACCAUGCCACCCAGUAAAUUUGAGUGAUCUGUCUGAUAAUGUAAGAGUGGAAUAUCUUCAUGACAGUACAGCUGACUCGAGCCAGCCCAUGGGUCAAGGUGUAGCCUCUACUUUCAAAGCUCAUUACCUGAGAAGGACUUUUGAGCACAUGCUCGAAGCAACAGAUGGGGAGGAUACAGCUAUGAUCAGGGAGUUUUGGAGAAACUACAACAUCGUGGAUGCUGUGGACAACAUUGCAGUAGCUUGGGAGGCACUCAGUCCAGCAACAAUAAACAGUGUUGUGGAAGAAAAUUUGGCCCCAGUGUGUUCAGUUCCAGAAUGUUUCCCAAACAGAUAACAUUACGCAGCUUCAACAAAAUAUUGUGACCCUUGCCAAGACUCUGGCUUUUGAAGAGGUUGUGGAAGCUGACGUGGACCAGUUGCUACAGUCCCAUGAGGAUGCCCUCUCUAAUGAGGAGCUGAUGCGGCUGGAACAGGAGCCAGCAAGAGAGGAGGAGAGUGAAGAUGCUCAACCUACUCUGCGUCAACUCACCACAGGAGAACUCUCAGCAGCCUUCUCACAUUUUGAGGCUGGCUUACAGUUCCUUUCCUGUGGCAGCCCCAAUGAUGAGUGGAAACUGAAAGUUUCAAGAGCAAUCAGUGAUGCAAUAAACUGCUACAGGGAAUUGUACAAUGAGAAAAAGCGGCGCUCAAAGCAACUGUCUUAGGUUUUUCAGUGUGUGUGACCAAGAGUUAAUCAAAGUAAAACCAGAAGCAACAAGACCUCAACGAAUGAGGCCUAUCCAAGUCUCUCUGCUUCCAGAGAUUUAACAUCCCUGGAAACCCUAUUUCUGAUAUUUUGACAUUUAAGAGUUGAAAUUUUGUCAUUAAAAUUCUAUUUAAAUGUGUGUUUUUAAAAGAUUGCAUGUGCCCUGGCCUGUGUGGCUCGGUUGUCUGUCAUCCCAUGCACCAAAAGGUCACUGGUUCGAUGCCUAGUCAGGGCAUAUUCCCAGGUGGCAGAUUCAGUCCCAGACUGUAUAGGAGGCAACCAAUUGAUGUUUCUCUCUCUCUCCCUCUCCCUCCUCCUCUUUCUAAAUUCAAUAAAAACAU